AUGAAGUCUACAUCAUUUAUGAUCAGCAUUUUUGUUCUUUUACCAAUCUUUUCUUGGUGUGCAACAUCAACCGUAGCAAACAAUUUACAAUCAGCUAAUUUAGAUGGAUUAAAAAAUCAAUUUCAAACAGCAAUGAAGUCAUUUUCUGAUGUAGCAUCAUUACAUUAUGCUCUAGCUGGUAUUAAAGAACUUGAUGUUCAAGCACCAGAUUCAUUUUGUAAUGAUAUUAAACGAUUAGUUGAUAAAUCAAAUAUUGAAUCAAUAUAUCACGCAACAGAAGCAGCUAAAUCAUUAGCUAAUUGCAAAUUACCUGCUGAAGAUUAUCGUUCAACCAUAAGUUCAACAAUUCAAUCUGAUAAAAGUACAACAGCUAAUAUUUAUUAUGCCGUUCGUUCAAGUGUAAAUCUUGGUGUAAAUUUUGAUGAAGCAACUAUUGAAAAACGUCUUAAUUCAUUGGCUAAAACUGAUGAUAGCGUUUUAAGUCAAGGUUAUGCAUUAUUAACCGGUGCACAAUUAAAUCAUGCUAUAGCUAAAUAUUAUGCUGAUACAAUUAAUGAUCUUGUUCAACAAGCUGAUGAAGUUGAUGGACGUACAUUACAAUAUGAAGGUGGUGUUGGUGCAACAGCAUUAAUAUUUAAUGCUUUUCAUGAAGUUUCAGAAAAAGCUGAUUCACCAAUUAAAAUUGAUCCGAAACAAUUAAUGAAAUUUGCAAGUUAUUUUUCAACAAAACGACAUGUUGCAACAUUACGUAGUGCUUAUUAUUUAACAAAAGCAUUUAAAUAUUUAUCAGAUACUAAAAAUUCAAUACCCGUUGUUGUUACACGUGUUAAUCCAUCGACAAUUCAUUCACAAAAUCCAUCCGUACUUAUUUCAGUUACAAAUCUUUUUGAACAAUCUGUCGGAGAAAUGACUGUUAUGGCUGAAUCAGCUAAACGUAAAGAUGAUGGAGUUGUUGUUGUAUCAAAACAAAAACUUACUCCGAAAGCUAGCGAUUUUUCUGUUUAUGAAUUACCAUUUUAUGAUAAAAAAAUUCCUCGAGGAUUUUAUACAAUUCAUUUAACAUUAACACCACGUACCGAAGGAAAAUUUAUUGGUUUAACAGAUAUUACCAUUGAUGUAAAAGUAACAUCAGAAGGAACAUUAGAAAAUGCUGAAUUAAAUGUUGUAGAUCGUGACAAUACUGCACAAGCUAAAACAUACAAAUUAACUUAUCCAAAUAGUUUAUCGGAUAAACUUGAAAUUGAUUAUCAUCAAAAAUUAAUCAUGAAAUUUCAAAUAAAAGAUAAACAAACACAAGAAUUUAUUCGUGUUCAUCAAGCAUUCUUACGUUUUACAAAUAAAAAAUCAAAUAAAGAAGUUAUUUAUUUAGCGGAACCAACAGAUGGUGAUAAUUCUCUAUAUAAAGUUGAAGUGGAUUUAACAACAAAUGCAAAUGAUUUUCAACAUCAAUCAGGUGCUUAUGAACUUAAUUUAAUGGUUGGUGAUGCUUUAUUACAAAAUGGAUUUUCAUGGAAAAUAAAGGAUACUAUUCAAUUAUCAUUUCAUGAAGAAAGUGCUGCUGAUAAAGAUCAUAGUAGUUUUUAUUCUGCAAAACCAGAAAUUAUUCAUCAAUUUCGUGCUGAUGAAAAACGACCACCAACAAUUGUUUCACUUGUUUUCAGUGCAUUAACAUUAUUACCAUUAUUAGUUCUUUUAGUUUUAUGGGUUACACUUGGUUUCAAUCUUUCCGGUUUACCAUUAGGACUUAGUCCAUUAGGUUUUCAUAUUUCUCAUGGAGCUGUGUUUGCUUUAAUGUUUUUCUAUUGGAAAUAUUUGGAUAUGUUUCAAACAAUUCGUUAUUUAGCUUUAGUUUCAAUUCCAUUAUUUCUUUUUGGUCAUCG